AUGAUAUCGGUUGAGUCAAAGAAAAAUUGUGUGUUUAAAACUUUAGAGAAUAACAGUGCUGACAGUAUAGUUGUAUGCUUAAAGAAAGCUUUUAUUGACUAUUUCGUCAGUUUCCAAGCUCUUGAAACACAGUAUUUCGAAAAUAGAUGGCGAGUUGGAAUGAUCGAUUACAAGGCAUCCAUUGGUUCAUUCGAUGUCGAAACCAAUGAAUUAGUAGGAAUAGUUCUAUGGUGUAUCGAUUCUAAUAAAAAUGGUCAGCGUGUUGCCUUUAACAUUGCUACAGGUGUACAACCAGAAUAUAGAAGAGGUGGAUUAACCAAUCGGAUGAUUGACUUUUCAGUUAAAUUACUAAAGGCUGAACCAUAUAGACUUGACAAAUUGAUAUUGGAGGUGAUUACAAUGAAUGACAGAGCAAUCAAAUGCUACGAAAAGAGUGGCUUCAAAAUCGAUCGAACUUUAAUGGUUUUCGCUGGUAGUAUAGCGUCGUCGGAGCAACAUCAAGAGGAUCAAGUUGUUUCCAAUCGCAAUAAAGUGUUGGUUUUGAAAGGCAAAGAUAUUCCAAUCGACCGACUCUCGCCAAAACCAAUUUGUGAAACACCAUGGGAAUACCAACCGAAAUGUUUAAUUACCGAUCCUGACAAUCUCGAGUGUUGGUCGUUGGUUGACGAUGACAGAGACAGUGGAGAACCCGGUAGAACCUACCUCUUAAUGUAUAAAACAAGAAAUCUAAUUGGAUACGCUCAUUUCGAAUCGGUGGAAAAAGGUAUUGAGCUCAUGAAACAACUUUCUCUACAAUUCCCAAAUAUUAUGGCAUUGCUUCCAGAUGAAGAGGAAACAAUUAUUUCAGUUUACAAACAUUUCAAUCUUAAUAACAAAUUAAAUGAAUAUGAAAUGUCCAGGCCAAUUGAUGUUUAA